CCAGCACAUUUCCUCUUAGCGUCAAAGAAGCAACCGGUGUGGAGGAGUUCCCCCAACGUGAACCACAGUUGUCAUCAGGUUGCUCCGACUUCAGUCGAAGGAUAAAACGAGAGGAAAACUACAACUCUGUGAGCUUUUGAGUUUAUUUUUUUUUACUAAUGCUGGGACGUUGUUAGACACAUUGAAACAUUUCAGUGUGCCUGUGCUCUCCUCUCCGGCUGCUCAAUGCUUCUACAUCAGUUCAUGAACGGAGGACUGGAAGUCAUGCAUCCCACCUCGCUGCAAAAAGACACAACUUUUACCAAAAUCUUUGUCGGCGGGCUGCCGUACCACACGAACGAUGCCUCACUGAGAAAAUACUUCGAGGCCUUUGGAGACAUUGACGAGGCGGUGGUGAUCACGGACAGACAGACCGGUAAAUCCAGAGGAUACGGCUUUGUUACAAUGACAGACCGAGGAGCAGCAGAGAGAGCCUGCAAGGAUCCCAACCCCAUAAUCGAUGGCAGGAAAGCCAAUGUGAACCUGGCCUACCUGGGUGCUAAACCCCGCAGUAUACAGACAGGCAUAUCCAUCGGAGUGCAGCCCAUUCACCCAGCACUCAUCCAGAGGCAGUAUGGGAUGGCCCAGCCAUACGUCUACCCACAAGCCUUUGUGCAGCCCAGCCUGGUGCUGCCCACUCAGGUUUCCACCUCCGUCAGCACAAGCCCCUACCUGGACUACAGCGCGGCCUACACUCAGUACGCCCAGACAGCCUUUGAGCAACAGUACCCAUAUGCCGCAUCCCCAGCCAGCUUCCUGGGCUACAGCUACGCCACCAGCCCCACAGCCAACGCCGGGCAAGCCACCGCCGCCACGGCUCCAGCCAGCGUACACCCCAGCCUCUCCUCCACCACUGGAUCGGGCCAAGCCUUCCUGCACUACGCCCCGCAGCAGCACAUCCAGCCAGACCGCAUGCAGUGAGCUGAUAAAGGAGGCAAAGAAGGGGUAGCUGUGCAAGAGGAGGAGGAGGUUUAGAAGGGAGGUAGUGGUGGGUGCGGACCUUUGAACAGAGGAUGGCAAACACCCUACUAGGACACCCAGCUACACUCAGCGGGGGGACUUUCAGGAAGAAGGGUGGGACUAUUGCACUAUAAGAUCUGGACGAGCUGUCUGCUCAUUGGUUAAAGGGUAAAAAGGGUGGGAAGGGUUGGAGGACUGCUGAGGUUCAGAUGGGGAAGCUAAGCAGCAUAAAGUAUGUGGUCGCUUUAAAGGGCUUCCAGAAGCUGUCACUUCAUUUUUUAUUAUUUUUAUUAUUUCUAUUGUCCUUUAUUAUUGUUAAUGUCUUUUUCAAUGUUUGUUUGUAUGCCAUUAUUAUCGAUGUUAUCAUGUUGUUGGCUCAAUCAGUGGAAGUUAUGUGUGUCCUAGGUACAUAUUGUCGACCUGAGAGGUGCAUGUGACAUGUUACUCCUCUAUCCUCAUGAGUUGAUGGGCACUGCUGCUUUCGGACACUUGGGGACAGUUAGAGAUGGGGGGAUGCAUGGUGAAGACAGGUUAGUGAUUUGGUGAAAGAGAGCCCCUCAGCCUCCCUGUGGUCCCAUCCUGCUCGCUCUGCAGUGAGGUAGAGCAUUCAGCAUGAACAAACCUCUAACCGUUCAGGUCUGCACUGGAGGACGGCGAAAGAUUUCACCUCAAGGACAAGAGACUCAUGUCAGGACUACACAUUUUAGAAAUUCUUUUUAAUUAAAGAGGCCUUAAUAAAAAGAAUCUCCUGUAUUUUUUCAGCGCUCUCCCCACCACAGAACCAAGUGCAGGAAGCCAUACACAACUGGCCUUUCAGUGGUCAAGUGACUGUUAACUGGCUUACUUGGGUCUCGAUAAUUUCAUAUGGAUGUAGAUAAUCACAUGCAGUAUGUGGGCCAUGGGGGCCAUGAGCGCUGUGUAUGGAUGAUGAAAGGUAGCUGACACUGAGCUCAAACACCAGUGUAUUUUUUUUCUCUUUUACUCACUGAGAUUUUCACACACUGUUGUUCCCAAAAGGACAUUCAUGUACAGCAAAUGUUUUAUGUCAUCAAGUACAUUUACAAUAUUUAUAUGUAGGUAUUUAUAUGAGGUACUAAGUUAAGAUAGCUUUUUUUUGUUACUAUGACUAUAGUUGUGUAACUGAUGUCAUUUAACCUGCAGAGGCAUUCCUCCAGAUCCACAGGUGUCGUACUUACUUUGUUUUUUGUCCUGUUGCCAUGUCCAUGGAUUUGGUGCACAGCAACUUUAGUACAUGCUUGUUUGUAGAUCCUUGACUGGUUGGAACAGAAGUUCUAGUCUUUUUUUUUCAAUAAAAUGUAUUUUACAGUCACUUCAAAGAAGCCAUACAUUAAUAAAAAGAAAAUAAAGAAUUUGUAAUUA